AUUCUCUUCAUCCCGGCACCUCUUCAGAAGUCCACGCCAACGGUUUCUCUGACUGGCGAGGGACUGGCUCCUUUGAGUCGUAGGCCCUCGCCGGACGCAAUGAGCAUCAGCAGCGACGACGUACCGGAAGCUCAAGCCAAUCAGCGGUCUCAAACAUCAGGUAUCCAUGAGGAAGAGGCAUCGAGGUUUCAAUCUCAACAAGCUAAACGCGCUGUUACUGCGCCACUGAGCUAUGCAAGGCUGGCUGUCGCUAAUAGUAGCAGACUCCGCAUACGUUACCGGAAUUCUGACAAACCUCGCCGUGUUCUGCGAAAUCCCACGACGCCAACGCACCUGGUCGUUUCUGCCCAUGGUUUCAUUGACCAUGUAUAUUCAUCACCACUUGCCUACCGGAAAUCGUUGUAUGAACCUGGCAAUCCCCUGCUAGCAAACGACCUGGUUGAGGAUUGUUGUCUUGUUCAGGCUAGCUCAGGUCCCAUCCUAAUAUCAGCACAUGGUACGCAAGAUCGGCAACUUUCCGCGGCCUUACUUCAUGAUAUGAAGCCACGAACAUUAAAUCGUCCAUGGGACAGGUCCAGGAGGGCCGGUGCGAGUGCAGUAACGACGAUGCUCCACCCUGGCAUGUUCGCAAGCGGCGGUCAUGAUCACCGCGUUCAUCUCUGGUCAUUCGACGACGAGCCUGGUCACCCUCCAGUCGCCGAGCAGUUAUCCAUAAGGCACACUUCGGUCAUACACUCACUUUUGUCAAUCCGAGACACUAGUCAUAAGCUCGUAUCCGUAGGGGCAGACUGCUCUACCCACCUUUGGGAUUUGGCCUCUCAGAGAGUGGUGCACUCAUUGAAGACGUCAAAUACCCCCUACCAUGCACAUAAAACGGACUCCCCGUUUUGCACCCUGCUCGAAGUCGCACAUCGCGAAUUCCAGUUCGAGGUACGAGACCACCGCAUGAUCCCUGAACACCCUGCACAGAGGUUUGGAGUUUAUACUCCUGAGUUUCAUGGACGGUUUAUGAAAGGAGAUACGCGCUCCCAUUUCCUUGCGUCAGGCAGCCGGACAGGUGAUGUGCGACUAUGGGAUCUCCGAAACACAAAUUCUUACCUUGCUUCGGUUUCCUGCUUUGGAAACGACAAAGUAGUUCAGGUCAUCGCGGAGGAGUCGCAUUAUGUAGCAUGUUCAGAGAAAGGCGACUUCUGCACGAUAGAUUAUAGUAUCCCAAACUAAAUUUAAAUAAGACCAUUAUGAUAAUCUACUCAAUCUCGC